UUUAAAUUUUUGAACGUUCAAAUGUAGUUUUAUAAAUAGGGAAAUGUGCUAUCAUUACGUUUCACAUUAAUGUCAAUUUUAUUUAUUAUCAUGAUUCUUCAAAUAGUGGCCCUCAAUAAUGCUCAAAAUAUACAAUGUUCUUACAAACCUCCAAACAAAGAUGAAGUAAUGUACAAAGUCAGUAACCCCAAUCCUAACCAACAUAAAAGGAGUCUCAAAGCCAACAACAUACGUAUAAAAAUACAUUACGACUCAACCGUAUCCAACCUCCCCGAGGAGAAAUCAAAUAUUGUGAAGGCGGUUUUUCCUCUGGCCGUCGAUUAUUGGCAAAAGACUCUGAUGGUCAGAAAUUCAGUACCCGUUCUUAGACUCUCCCCAACCUGUCGUGCUAAAGAAAUCGUUACUAAAAAUGGCGUAAGAUGUUGUUUGUUUGGUUGUCUUAAGCGUUCCAGGUGCGGCGAAGUUUAUAUACCUAAAGAUCAUUUGCAACGCUGUAAACAAACGUUACUGUUCUCGAACAACCAUUGUAUCCCCUCGGGCCCUAACCAAGGCAAAGGCCUUUCUAAUACCGAUUUCGUUUUAUACGUUUCCUCCGGGCAAACCGAUAGAUGUAGGGAUGGGAAUACGUUUGCCUAUGCCGCUCAUUGCCAGCUGGAAGACUCAAUGGAUCGGCCAAUCGCCGGUUACAUUAACCUCUGUCCCGAUCUCUUAGGAUCCGGUACGCCCAGUCACGUCAUAUCCGUAUUCUUGCCAACCAUAAAACACGAAUUUUUACACGCUUUGGGCUUCAGCGUAAGUCUUUACGCGUUUUAUAGGGACCAAGAUGGAAGACCUUUGUCACCUCGAUUGGCCAACGGUGACCCCGUCUAUGACAACAAGAUGAAUCUAUAUAAAUGGAGCGAUAAGAUUAUUCGACCUGUCAUCAGAAAUGAUUGGCAGGUAGCUAGUGGUAAUAUAUCUCGUGUGUUUAACAUGAUGAUCACGCCUAAUGUUUUGAGAGAAGCUCGUUCUCAUUUCAAUUGUUCUACUCUUAAAGGUGUGGAAUUAGAAAAUCAAGGUAAUUACGGCACAGCUAUGACACACUGGGAAAAACGAAUACUCGAAAAUGAAGCUAUGACCGGUACUCACACGCAAGAUACAGUAUUUUCACGAAUUACUUUAGCUUUGAUGGAAGAUACGGGCUGGUAUCUAGUGAAUUACAGUAUGGCGGAAGAUUUGGCAUGGGGGAAAAAUUUGGGAUGCGAUUUUAUCGAAAAAAGUUGUUUUUCUUGGAUUCAACAUCGUUUAUUGAGCCAAUCCGAUCCCAGUCCUUAUUGCGUCCGAAUCAAAUCCCAUCCUUUAAUAACAGAAUGCAGUGCUGAUAGAAAAUCCAUGGCCGUUUGCAACCUAGUCAUAUACGAUAAUCCUCUCUCAUUAGAAUAUCAAAAUUUUAUAAACAUCCCCGGUCUUGAACAUAACGGAGAUUCCAACGCUUUAGCACAUUACGGGGGUUCGGUUUUAUUAGCCGAUUACUGCCCUUUCAUUCAAGAAUUUAUCUUUAAAGUCGAUAAACAAUCUAAGGCAUUCGAAUGCCAACACGACGAAAAUAUGCCUCCUAAAAAGGAAAAUUUUGCCUUAGAGUAUUACGGGCAAGAUUCUACCUGUGUAUUCCACAGUCGCAGAUGGUUAAAAUCUGAUUGCAAUAAAAUUAUAUCUUGGUAUCAUUAUGGAAGUGGAUGUUAUAAAAUUUUCUGCAACUCAACAGCCUUGUACAUCCAAGUACUCAAUUAUACGUUCGAAUGCAUUUAUCAGGGUCAAAACAUAUCCUUCACAAUAUAUUCAGAUGGUUAUAACCAUAGGGGUGGUUUGAUAUGUCCACCUUGUUUCGCUACGACCUUAUGCAAUAAUAAUUAUCAAUAUUGUUUGACAACAACCCCCGACGACGCACAGUUCAAAUUAAAUAGAGUAAAGCACAAUUUACCGCAUCACUCUGUGGUCACUUGCCGCUCUGAGCCGACGCCUAUUUAUUUACUAAGUCAAAAAAACGAAAUCAUAGUCAUAUUUAUUAUUACAAGAAUGUUUUAUCAAUUUUGGGGAAGUUAACGCGGCAAUAUUUAUUUCGCGUAUUCGCUAAAAUUUACCUCAUAAUUUAUUUUCGAGUCAGCUUUUGUAAAUUUAUUUUUAUAUGGAUUCUAUUUUUAUUUAAAAA